CAAACGGGUCCUAAGGACUUUAAUGUUACUGAAUUGCAUGAUGUUUAGGGUUUUCUCGAGUUGAUGAAACGUUGAAUCUUGAUAAUGAUGUAAGCACUUGUAUUUGUUAAUUCAUUUUAUCACUGUGUAUCAUGAUAUUGAAUUACACAAUCUUGAUUAUUUUAUGCAUAUUUUUAUACUUCCCAAGAAGAUCACAAAGAUUUUAAGUAAUCAUAACCUGAUUCUAUACCCAAAAUGGAAAAAUUAAUUAGUUAAUUCAAGAUCCUCAUCUGGGGAUGACUGUUGGAAAGAGAAGAUCCUUCUUGUUCAAAAAAACAACACACCUGUUAAUAUAGAUAUUCUUUUGUGAUUAAAAUACCAUUUUGCCUUUCUUCUUUAUUGGAAAACCUUUGAGGAUGUGAAUGUGCCACGUACAUGGAAAAGAAUAGAAGAGGCAAACGAGUGGAUUAUAGAUAAUGGUAGCUUUUUUCCACUGUCCCUACCUAGUGUUUUUUCAAAGAAACAAUUUUUUUUUUUAGAGUAAUCCAAAGCAGAAUCAGUUGUUACCCAUUUUUGUAACUUCAGGUCUGGAACAACAACUGUAUGUGUUUUUUUUUUUUUUUUUUUUUAAAAAAACCUAUACAUAAAAGCUUGUUUUUUUUUUUGGUUCACUUUGUAUUGCAGAGGAAAAUUAUUUUUUUUGGCUAUAUUGUGAGGCUGUGGUGUUUCCUUAGAAUAAAACACCCUCUUUUUGGUUUUGUGCUUUACAGUUGAUGUAUUUGGUGUGUGGUUCUUGUUGUUUUGUUUGCUCUGGUUGAGAUAAAUGCUCGGUUUUUCUUCUUGGUAAUAUCUAUCUUCCUAAUGGAAACGUGUAGCAUAACAUGCCUUGUACAUUUUGAUGAGCCAUUGGAGUGAGUUUCUGUCUGCUGAUUUUUGUUUAGGGUGAGUUUGUCUCUUUUAAGGAAGACCUUAGAUUGCCUUUUUUUGCUUGUUUCUUUGCUAAAUAGGUUGAUACCUUGAUUACAAGGAACUUGAGACACUUCUGAGAUGAUUGUUUGGCCUGCCUUUUAGUGAAAAAUAUGUAUUCUUGAUUGGAUAUGGCUAUGGUGGAAGUGAAAGGAUGUACUAGGAUUCUAAAAAUUAUACUUAGAUAACAAUGGAGGGUUCAUCUGAAUCUGGCUGGGAGGGAUCAGAUAGCUAUAGGGGUUUGAAUUCUUCAGCUGUUGUGGACAGGAAUCCUAGCUUUCAAACAAGCAGCAUUAGGUCCUCUGAUGAUGUGUUGCAUGAUUCUGAAUCGGUUCCAGGUAGAAAGGGGAGGGAGAGAAUUGAGUCCCUUCCCAUAAAUCGCCUUAAAGCCCAAGGUGGGGUUACAGAGGAUCGACUUACUCGUAAAAUAGACUGUAGUGAUGUUAGUUUGAGGCAGUGGCUGGAUAACCCAGAUAGAGCUGUUGAUGCUCUUGAAUGUUUUCACAUAUUCACCCAAAUUGUGGAGAUUGUAAACCUGGCACAUUCACAAGGAAUAGUUGUUCAUAAAGCACGACCAUCAUGUUUUGUCAUGUCCUCUUUCAAACGUAUCGCUUUUAUUGAAUCCGCAUCAUGCUCGGAUUCAGGGUCAGAUUCAUCAGAAGAUGGUUUAAACAGCCAAACUAUUGAGUUAAAGGAUUCAUCCUCAGUUUUGCCUCGUGAAUCUGAUGAGCUGGGGAGACAAAGUUCUCAGCUUGAAAAGAUUUGCACAAAAGCUUCGAUAGAAGUAUCUGAAGCUAAUAAGAACCGACAAGAUGAAGAAAAGAAGCAUACCUUCCCAAUGAAACAAAUAUUGCUCAUGGAAACCAAUUGGUACACUAGUCCAGAAGAGAUUGAUGGUGCUCCAAGCUCUUGUGCUUCAGACAUUUAUCGACUUGGAGUCCUCCUCUUUGAGCUAUUCUGCACCUUCAGCUCGCCAGAAGAGAAAUGCGCAACUAUGAAUAGUCUGAGACACCGUGUCCUCCCUCCUCCGUUGCUAUUAAAAUGGCCUAAAGAAGCUUCAUAUUGCUUAUGGUUACUGCAUCCGGAACCAAGCAAUAGGCCGAAAAUGGGUGAGUUGCUAGAAAGUGAGUUCCUUAAUGCUCCAAGGGAUGAGUUUGAAGAACGUGAAGCAGCAAUAGAGCUUAGAGAAAAAAUAGAGGAGCAAGAGUUAUUGCUGGAAUUCUUGUUGCUGCUUCAACAGCGAAAGCAGGAGGCUAUGCACAAUUUGCGUGAGAUUGUAUCUUUUUUAUCGUCUGACAUAGAAGAGGUCUCAAAGAUGCAGAAGACCCUUAAAGUCAAAGGGGGAUCAAAUCAGGAGCCAGUAAAGGAUUCAGAUUCGGGGAAGAUAAAUAUUGGUGAAGAUGAUGAUUCUGGGAGUUCUGGAUCUAGAAAGAGAUUUAGGCCAGGCCUUUCUGUACACAUAACUGAGGAAUCCGAUGGCAAUCUAGAUGAAAACAAAGGGAGCAUUUUGGCAAAGAACUCCCGGUUGAUGAAGAACUUCAGAAAAUUGGAGGCUGCUUAUUUCAUGGCAAGAUGUAGGGUUAUCAAACCAACCGGCAAGCCAUUGAAUAGAUAUUCUCAGGUAAGUACGGAUUGUAGAACUUCUGUUACAGCACCCGAAAGAAGUUCAUUCAGUAAUUUGUCAUCAAAAGAGGGGGGCCAUGAGGAUAGACAGAGUGGAUCAAUCAAUUCAUUCCUGGAGGGCCUGUGCAAGUAUCUAUCUUAUAGCAAGCUGGAAGUGAAGGCCGACUUGAAGCAAGGGGAUCUUCUAAAUUCUUCCAAUCUUGUAUGUGCUCUAGGCUUUGAUCGUGAUGAUGAAUUUUUUGCAACUGCUGGUGUAAAUAAGAAGAUCAAAGUUUUUGAAUAUAAUUCAAUUGUAAAUGAGGACCGCGAUAUCCACUAUCCUGUUGUUGAAAUGGCUAGUAGAUCUAAGCUGAGUAGCAUAUGUUGGAAUGGCUAUAUUAAAAGCCAGAUUGCUUCAAGUAACUUUGAAGGUGUGGUGCAGAUAUGGGACGUCACAAGAAGUCAGAUUUUCAUGGAAAUGAGAGAACAUGAAAGACGCGUCUGGUCUGUUGACUUUUCUGUAGCAGAUCCAACCAUGUUGGCCAGCGGGAGUGAUGAUGGUUCUGUCAAGCUUUGGAAUAUCAAUCAGGGAGUAAGUGUUGGAACCAUUAAAACAAAAGCCAAUGUCUGCUGCGUUCAGUUCCCCUUUGAUUCUGGUCGUUCCCUUGCCUUUGGUUCAGCAGAUCACAAGAUAUAUUAUUAUGAUCUACGUAACUCAAAAAUGCCUCUAUGCACAUUAAUCGGGCACAACAAGACUGUGAGCUAUGUCAAGUUCAUAGAUUCCACAACGCUUGUGUCUGCAUCUACAGAUAACACAUUAAAGCUAUGGGAUUUGUCAAUUUGCGGAUCUCGAAUUCUUGAUUCGCCUCUUCAGUCAUUUACUGGACACAUGAAUGUAAAGAACUUUGUUGGGUUAUCUGUAUCUGAAGGUUACAUUGCUACUGGAUCGGAGACAAAUGAGGUUUUCGUCUACCACAAAGCUUUUCCUAUGCCUGCAUUAUCAUUUAAAUUUAAUAGCACAGAUCCGCUUUCUGGUGAUGUAGUGGAUGACCAAGCACAGUUUAUCUCAUCUGUUUGUUGGCGUGGUCAGUCCUCUACCUUAGUUGCUGCGAAUUCUAUGGGAAAUAUCAAGCUGUUGGAGAUGGUUUGAUGUGAUUCAUGUUCUCCAAAGGUUUGGGAGUUGCCUUCGGGAUAUAAAGACAUGAAGAUAAGGGUUCUGCAUUGGUGAUUGGCUGGCUUGCUGUGAAGAGGUCAACUGGAUUGGAUACCAUAGAGAACGAGGAAAUUGCCAUUAUCAAGAAACCAAGAUUUUUGUUAGUAAUUCAUAUAGUGGGAAGUAAACUCAACUGGAAAUAUGAGAACAUAUAUUGGUUUUAUUGUGAAAUGCUGUAUAUAAAAGGGAAAGAUGCAAUGCAAAUAUGAAUUUCUCUGUAUAUUCUGUAAUUUCCAGAGUUCAAAUGUAGUUUUAGAAGGAACUAUGUGAUCUCAAGAAGAAUACAAGCAGCAUUUAGAUA